AUUUGACCUCCUUCCUAAUAUACGAGCAUUUGGUAAUUAGUCUUCCAAAAUUUGUAGAUUAUACGAAAUUACUAAAAUACACUUACUCGUCCUCUUCCUGAUAUCGAGGCGAAAUUUUUGUCAAACCAUUAGCAACCGACUUCCAAUCACUUAUAUAUAAAAACACUUUUAAAAAUUGCUAUCAAAGGUCGAGUGUUUUUGCUCUAUACCCAAAAGAUGCAUUUAGGGAGAGAAAAAGAUAUAGAAAAAAAAAAGGAUUAUAAUAAUGAUAAUAUAUGUUUGAGAUAAAGAAUAUAAAUAACAAUUUGAUGCAAAUUCUCGAUCAAAUUUGUAUUUGGGGGCGAAAACCCCUUUCUACUAAAACCCCAAACCCUAGUCUUCUAUUCCUUCAUUUCACGCCCGUCUCCCCACUCGAAUCUUCUUCUUCUUCUUCUUCUUCUUCUUCUUCUUCUUCUUCUUCUUCUCCAUCCCAUCUUAUUGUCUCCCACGACAUACCGGCACUCCGGCGUGUCAACAACACCACCGCCGGUCGCACUCGGCUUUGUCAGCUUCGUCUCUUCGUUCACUUCACCCCCGACGCCCCCACUGGAAUCUUCUUCUUCGUAUCUCUGUGCUUCGUAUACUCUACCUAUCAUGGCACUUCGUUCAUUUCGUCUCCGCCGCACUUUGUCUGUUCUUUCUGCUUUCAACCGCUAUACGGCAGUAUCUGGUCAGACCAGUCACUCUAUUUUAUGUCCUUCUGCUCCUUCACUAUCUAAGUCUCCGGCUAUGAUCCCAACUCAUUGGCCACUGAGAUCGUCGUCAAUGGCUUCCUAUUCCCGGUCAUCAUUUGGGAGCAAUAACGAAGAGGACAAGAUAGGGCCCGAUACAAUACUAUUCGAGGGCUGCGAUUACAACCAUUGGCUUAUCACCAUGGAAUUUCCUAAGGACCCAAAACCCACUCCUGAAGAGAUGGUUCGGACCUACGAAGAAACAUGUGCCAAAGGCCUAAAUAUUAGUGUGGAAGAAGCAAAACAGAAGAUUUAUGCUUGUACUACGACUACGUAUCAAGGGUUUCAAGCUGUGAUGACAAAAGAAGAAUCAGAGAAAUUUCGCGGUCUACCUGGUGUUUUGUUUAUAUUGCCUGAUUCUUACGUUGAUCCAGUAAACAAGGAGUAUGGAGGAGAUAAAUAUAUCAAUGGAACGGUUAUACCAAGAUCACCACCUAGACAAAAUGUUGGAAGGCAGGUGCAAAAACGUUUUAGCGGAAACCUGGAUCAACCAAGAUAUGAGAGGCCAGCUACAUCAGUGCCAAACAGGCAAGCUAAUUCAUCUUUUAAUCAACAGGGUUCUAUGCGAGGAGAUGAAUGCCAUUCCAGAGCUUCGCAAAACUAUUCGCCACAAGGUCCAUCCCAAAAUUACGGUUCCCCAGAGCUUAGAGAAAGGAAAGAUCGUUCACCCAUGAAUACUAGCGCUCUCGAAGGAAGAGAUUCCUAUCAAGAAGGAAGAGAUUCCUAUCAAGGAGGAAGAGGUCCAAUGCCUUCUCAUCGAGGAAACUACAUUCAAAGGGUGCAGGAAACUUAUAAUUAUGAUGUGCAAGGAAAUUAUCAGUCUCAACGAGAGCAGAUAGACUAUAUGCCUCCACCAGGCCAUAGUAAUUAUGGCAGUGGCUUUACUCUAGGGCUUAGAGAAAGGAGAGAUCAUUCACCUAUGAAUAAUAGCGCUCUUGAAGGAAGAGAUUCCUAUCAAGGAGGAAGAGGUCCAAUGCCUUCUCAUCGAGGAAACGACAUUCAAAGGGUGCAAGAAAUUUAUAAUUCUGAUGUGCAAGGAAAUUACCAGUCUCAACGAGAGCAGAUAGAUUAUAUGCCUCCACCAAGCCAGAGUAAUUAUGGUAGUGGCUUUACUCAAGGGCUUCGAGAAAGGAGAGAUUAUUCACCUAUGAACACUUAUGCUCCUGAAGGAAGAGAUUUCUAUCAGGGAAGAAGAGGUCCAAUGCCUUAUCAUCAAGUAAACUACAAUCAAAGGGGGCAUGGAAGUUAUAACCAUGAAGUGCAAGGAAAUUAUCUCCCUAAGGGAGAGCAGAGAGAUUAUGUGCUUCCACCAGGCCAGAGUAAUUAUGGUAGUGGCUUUACUCAAGGGCUUCGAGAAAGGAGAGAGUAUUCGCCUAUGAACACUUAUGCUCCGGAAGGAAGAGAUUCUUAUCAGGGAGGAAGAGGUCCAAUGCCUUAUCAUCAAGUAAACGACAUUCAAAGGGUGCAGGAAAGUUAUAAUUGUGAUGUGCAAGGAAAUUAUCAGUCUCAACAAGAGCAAAUAGGUAGUGUGCCUCCACCAAGCCAGAGUAAUUAUGGUAAUGGCUUUACUCGAGGGAUUGGAGAAAGGAGAAAUUAUUCACCUAUGAACACUUAUGCUCCAGAAGGAAGAGAUUCCUAUCAGGGAGGGAGAGGUCCAAUGCCUUAUCAUCAAGUAAACGACAUUGAAAGGGUGCAGGAAAGUUAUAAUUGUAAUGUGCAAGGAAAUUAUCAGUCUCAACGAGAGCAAAUAGGUUAUGUGCCUCCACCAGGCCAGGGUAAUUAUGGUAGUGGCUUUACUCGAGGAAUUGGAGAAAGGAGAAAUUAUUCACCUAUGAACACUUGUGCUCCGGAAGGAAGAGAUUUCUAUCAGGGAGGAAGAGGUCCAAUGCCUUAUCAUCAAGUAAACGACAUUGAAAGGGUGCAGGAAAGUUAUAAUUGUGAUGUGCAAGGAAAUUAUCAGUCUCAACGAGAGCAAAUAGGUUAUGUGCCUCCACCAGGCCAGAGUAAUUAUGGCAGUGGUUUUACUCGAGGGAUUGGAGAAAGGAGAAAUUAUUCACCUAUGAACACUUAUGCUCUUGAAGGAAGAGAUUUGUACCAGGGAGAAAGAGGUCCAAUGCCUUAUCAUCAAGUAAACUACAAUCAAAGGGGGCAUGGAAGUUAUAACCAUGACAUGAGAAGAAAUUAUUUCCCUCAAGGGCAGCAUAGAGAUUAUGUGCCUCCACCAUGCCAGAGUAAUUAUGGUAGUGACUUUACUCGAGGGCUUGGAGAAAGGAGAGAUUAUUCACCAAUGAACACUUAUCUUCCUAAAGGAAGAGGUUCCUAUCAUGGAGGAAGAGGUCCAAUGCCUUAUCAUCAAGUAAACUACAAUCAAAGGGGACAGGGAAUUUAUACCCAUGAUGUGGAAGAAAAUUGUCUCCCUCAAGGAGAGCAGAGAGAUUAUGUGCCUCGACUAGGCCAGGGUAUUUUUUGUCGUGGCUUUAAUCUUGCACAGGGUGGGCCGUGUGAGCAAGGUGGAUAUCGUGGUCAUGGAGCAGGAAUGCCUCAUGGUCAAGGACAGUGCCAUGGAUCUUAUCCAAGUUCUAUCGAAGGUCAUAGAUUUUCCCAAGGUUUCCAAAGAAACAUGCAGGAAGAACAACGGAACUACAUUUCUUGUGGACGAACAUGGGACGAUCAAUGGUGAAAUUCUGAGGCUGUCCGAAUAUUUGAUGUGAAUAGAUGUACAGGAGCUCUGGGCCAAUUCCAUUUUGUCUCAUGUUUCUCGUAGGUAGAAAAAGAAAAAAAAAAAGAAAAGAAAAGAAAAGAAAAAACAAUCAGGGAAAGCUUUUUGCUGUAGGAGCUUGAACUGGACUUGGAUUUAGAGAUAUAACCAACGUGAGUCAGCCUGCUUCUUCUCCUUCAAGGACGGGAUGCACUUAAUUUUUAUAAUGCUUAAACUUAUUAACUUAUUCUGAUGCUGUAUUAUAUUGACAGAAAUCUGAAGGCAAGUUUUGGUAGUUUUGUUAUUCCUUGUAGUCAUUGAUUUAGAUUUUAUAGUUUUAUAGGUUGUAUUAUAUAUAAUUCUUAUGGUUUGAUAAAAUUCUCAUAUUUAGGCUCUACUAUUAAGACUUUAUGAGAAUUUAAUCAAAUUAUAUGGACCUAAAUUUAACUUUUUUCUAUACAAUAUGAUUGAAAUUUAUCCUUUUACUCAA